UUGGCCGUUAGCCGUUGGACGCACGGUGUUUUGUCUGUCCCUAUUGUGUCCGGUGUCGGAGAUCGUGUUUCUUUUUUCCGUUAUUCAAACGCACCGGUGAAUCAUGUCGAAUAUCGACGAAUGUUACCUGACAGUGCUUCGGUUGGUGAAGGAAGCUGGCUGGAUUGUCAGGGAAAAAAUUAACCAACCAAAAGAUGCGAUGAUAAAGUCAUGUGAAGUCGAUCUUGUCACCGAAUGGGAUCAGAAGGUCGAGAAACUAUUAAUCGACGGCAUAUCUUCCAAAUUUCCGGAUCAUAAAUUUAUAGGUGAGGAAGAAAGUUGUACACUCGGGACGAAGAUCGAACUUACGGACGCGCCGACAUGGAUCAUCGAUCCUAUCGAUGGAACCAUGAACUUCGUGCAUGGUUUACCGCACACUUGUAUAUCCAUUGCGUUGGUCAUCAAUAAAGUCACAGAAAUUGGAGUCGUUUAUAAUCCAAUUCUGGAACAAUUGUUUACUGCACGUAAAGGGCAAGGCACACUUUUGAACGGAGCUCCUAUUCAAGUCUCCGGUGAGAAAGAAUUACGCAAAGCUCUUGUAAUGAUGGAAAUGGGCACUAGCAGGGAUCCUGAAAAAAUGAAAGUCGUGUUGGAGAAUGCAACUAAUCUUCCUCCACUAGUUCAUGGAAUACGUGCUUUAGGCUCUGCUGCUUUGAAUAUGUGCAUGGUUGCUCUAGGCGGAGCGGAUGUUUCGUUUGAAUUUGGUAUUCAUGCCUGGGACAUUGCAGCUGGUGAUAUUAUUGUAAGAGAAGCUGGUGGUGUAUGCAUAGAUCCCGCUGGCGGUCCCUUUGACCUAAUGAGCAGAAGAGUUUUGUGUGCAUCGACAGCGGAAUUGGCACAAUCAUUAGCCGAAAUAUUAGUCCAGUAUUAUCCGGAACGCGACUGAGAAGUCUAGAGAUGAGAUACCAACGCAAAAGAAUUACAAAAAUUUGAAAUGGUGGCGACUCUGUAUAUGCCGAUCAUGUACAAGUUUAAUGUAUUUAAACUUUGCACCAUGUACUUCAAUGAAUCUUUCUUGAUAUGUAUUAUGUUUGUUGCUUUUGCAGGCAUUUAAGGUUUCUGAAUUAAAGUAAUAGAUAUAAAUGUUUAGAAGAUGUACUUAUAUUUUAGUUUCAUACAUAAACACUUAAGACAAAGAUGAUAAUAUGUCUUAAGAGAUUUAUAAAUAAAUCUAAAUUUAAUAUACUUUAUCAUACAUAUGAUGAAGGGGAUCGUGAACAAUGUUGUAUAGUAACGGCAGAGACAAUAUAUUCUACAGUAAUUUAAUGUCUUUAUUUCAGGAUAUAAAAUAUUGUAUUAAAG